AAAUUGAAAAGAAGCAAGUGGUUGGAGAGAGAGAGAGAGAGAGAGAGAAAGAAAAGAAGUGAAUGGUGUGUUAAGGUGAAUGUGAGAUGCUUUCGGCUAACAUUGCUGAAACUGGCCUCGUCUAUGCUGUAUUAGGCAUUAGUAGAAAACAAACAUCUUUAUAACAUCUUUACCACAUUUUUGCAACACCUACCUCAUUUUUUUUAUCUUCAUUGGUCCUAGGUUUGAUUUUUCUUCUCUCAAAAUUCUUAAAACACUCAAGUUCCCACUUGACAACUACUACUCUAUUUUCACAUCUCAUUUUAUUUUACUUUCAUUCUUCAAGAAAAAAACAAACAAUAUUACAAAACCCAAAAACACAUAUAAUUUCAUUUUUCCUUCUUCACACGAGGGACAAUCAAAACAAACCCAAAAAAAAUAAAUUAACUUUUUUUUCUUCAAAUUCCACAAAAUAAAAGAAGCCCAAAAAGAAAGUUUUGAUUUUUUUAUGAAAGAGUUGGAAUCAGAAAUCUGGGUUACCAUCAUCUAGUUUUUUUAUAUACAAGAAUGUGGGAUCUUAAUGGUACACCCUUUAAGAGAAAAGAAGAAGAAUCUGAAGGAUGUUCUUCUCUCAAAACUUCAAUCAAUGGUGAUGAUGAUGAUAAUAAAGGAAAAAGGGUUGGAUCUGUUUCAAAUUCAAGUUCUUCUGCUGUUGUAAUCGAAGACGAAUCAGAAGAAGAAUUAGAAUUGGAAGAAGAAGGUAACAGAACUAUGAAGAAAAGAAACAACAAGAUAUUUGGAUUUUCUGUGACACAAGAUGAUAAUUUUCCUGUGACAAGACAAUUUUUUCCUAUGGAUCAAGAAACAGAUAUGACUAUAGCAGCAUCAAGUGGUGGAACUUUAUCUUCUUCUAGUUUUCCUCGUGCUCAUUGGGUAGGUGUGAAAUUUUGUCAAUCAGAAACACUUGGUAAUGGAAAAUCAGUGGAAACUUCUCAGCCUAUGAAAAAGAGUAGAAGAGGACCAAGGUCAAAAAGUUCACAAUAUAGAGGUGUUACUUUUUACAGAAGAACAGGUCGAUGGGAAUCUCAUAUAUGGGAUUGUGGAAAACAAGUGUAUCUGGGUGGAUUUGACACAGCACAUGCAGCUGCUCGUGCAUAUGAUAGAGCGGCUAUUAAGUUUCGAGGAGUAGAGGCUGAUAUAAACUUUAACAUAGAAGAUUAUGAAGAAGAUUUGAAGCAGAUGAGUAAUUUGACAAAGGAAGAGUUUGUACAUGUACUUCGUCGACAAAGCACUGGAUUUCCAAGAGGAAGCUCUAAAUAUAGAGGUGUAACUUUGCAUAAAUGUGGAAGAUGGGAGGCUCGAAUGGGCCAAUUUUUAGGAAAGAAAUACGUUUAUCUGGGCCUGUUUGACACCGAGGUUGAAGCUGCUAGAGCUUAUGACAAAGCAGCAAUAAAAUGCAAUGGUAAAGAGGCCGUGACCAAUUUUGAUCCGAGCAUCUAUGAUAGUGAGCUUAAUUCUGCUGAACCAGCUAGUAACGCUGCUGAUCACAAUUUGGAUUUAAGUUUGGGAAAUUCAAGUUCAAAGCCCAUCAAUAAUACUAGAGCAUUUGGGAGUCACACCACAAAUGCUACAAAUCAUGACCAACACUUGUCAUCUGAAUCUAAUUGGCAGAAUGGGGGAAACAAGCCUAAGCUUGUGAAUAUACUACCAAAACCAUAUAUUAAUAGACCAAACAACACGGAAGGAUAUGGAAGGGAUUUUCAUGGAGACAGUGAAGCAUUGAGAAUGCUAAGUCAAACUCACCUUCAUUCUUCAUCCUCUAAUGAAAUGCAAAGAUAUGCUCCCUUUAGAGACUCACAAAUGUUUCAUAGUUUUGCACAUACUCACCCACCAAAUUUUCAUUUUCCCAGCAGCAGCUAUGUAAACCAUGUUGGAAGUGAACUUUCAUUAUCAACAAGAAAUGAACAAGAAGAAUGGCAAUCAAGGCCACAAUAUUUAACAACUGCUGCUGCAGCAUCAUCAGGAUUCCCACCUCAAAUAAGACCCUCUUCUCAAGCUUGGCUGCACAAAAAUGGGUUUCACACUCUCAUGAGACCCUCUUGACUCUAUAAACAAAUUUUUCUAUCUAUAUAGCCAAUAUACAUUACAUUCAAAUAAUCAUAUUUGCUACAUCCCUUAUUUUGUUACUUAUCUUAGCAUAUAUAUAAAAAAAAUGAAUGCAAUGUUAGUGUUAAGACACAUAUAACACCAAAAAUUCCAAAUUGGGAAUUGAUUGGUCUUUAGUUUGGAUGAGUCAAACUAACAAACGGACGAAAUCUAUAACUAGAUAUUCUGGGCUCUGACUAUAUUUUCUGUUGUUAUAUAACUCUGAUUUCUUGCUUUUCUAUGUUAUUAUUGGUAUUUAUUUAUGACA